AUGACAUUACAUAUGUAUGUCCAUGCUGGGCAAAAACCCUAUAAAUGCGCACUGUGUGACAGGAGUUUUGCACAGAGGAAUGACAUGACAAGGCAUAUGGAUACCCAUGGUGGGCAAAAACCCUAUAAAUGCACAGUGUGUGACAAGAGUUUUACACGGAAGACUUACAUGACAACACAUAUGUAUGUCCAUGGCGGGCAAAAACCCUAUAAAUGCCCACUGUGUAAUAAGAGUUUUACACGGAAGAAUGACAUGACAAGACAUAUGUAUACCCAUGGUGGGCAAAAACCCUAUAAAUGCACAAUGUGUGACAAGAGUUUUAUAGAGAGGUGUCACAUGGUAAGACAUAUGUAUGCGCAUGGUGGGCAAAAACCCCAUAAAUGCACAGUAUGUGAAAAGAGUUUUACACAGAGGUGUCACAUGACAACACAUAUGUAUAUCCAUGGUGGGCAAAAACCCUAUAAAUGCCCACUGUGUAAUAAGAGUUUUACACGGAAGAAUGACAUGACAAGACAUAUCUAUACCCAUGGUGGGCAAAAACCCUAUAAGUGCACAGUGUGUGGCAAGAGUUUUAUACAAAGGAGUGAAAUGACAGCACAUAUGUAUAUCCAUGGUGGGCAAAAACCCUAUAGAUGCACAGUGUGUGACAAGAGUUUUACACGAAGGAGUCAAAUGACAGCACAUAUGUAUAUCCAUGGUGGGCAAAAACCCUAUAAAUGCACAGUGUGUGACAAGAGUUUUACACGAAGGAGUCAUGUGAGAACACAUAUGUAUAUCCAUGGUGAGCAAAAGCCCUAUAAAUGCACAGUGUGUGACAAGAGUUUUACACAGAAAAGUAAAAUGAUACGUCAUCAGUUUAUACAUAAUGAGCAGGCACCUUAUAAAUGUGACACAUGUGACAGGAGUUUUACAGAGAAGCGAAGCCUAACAGUGCAUCAAAGAGUCCACAGUCGGUAGUGUACAUGCACCACAUGUGGCAAAGGUUUUAUAAGAAAUAAGUCUGACAGUGCAUCAAAGUGUCUACCGUGGUAUAUGUGAUAUAAAAGAACCUGAGCAAGAGGGAGUGUGUACAUAUUUGGGAGCUGAUGAAGGCUGAACAAUAAAAUAUGAAGAAAUGUGAAUAAAACUCUCUAAAUAAUAUUUUAGAAGGUUUAAAUUAUUAAUAAAAACAGCAUUGACUUCUAAGAACAAAGUCCAAGCUAUAAACCAAUUUGCUCUUCCUGUCUUGGCUUAACAGUUUUUGGAGUGAGUGAUUGGCCCCAAAAAAUGUUGAAUAGUUUGGACAGGAAAACAAGGAUGUUUCAUGCUCAUCAGAUGAUUUAUA